CUCAGUUAGGUCAGAUAUUUUCUUCUUAUUACUGAGUGUUUGAUAGGGCAGCUUCGUUAAAAUUAUCUACAUUGGCGAAUAGAAAUGUACCUCUCCACGUUUCUGGCUAGCACGUCAAACUGGUGACGCUUUCCGUUCGAGGACAGUUGCCUUCGUUAACGCAAAUCACCGACGAAAAUCGUGAACAGAAAUCCAGCUCGUGAGGUAGGUCUAAGGCGAACUCGAUUGAUGAGCAAGUGAAGUCAUCAGUUGCUUUUAGAUCAUGCAUCAAAGAUGUAUCAAGACUAGACCGAAGGCUAGCAGCAAAAGCUACUCCAAAACACUAACUCCCUGAAGCACAUUUGAAGGCGUCGAGCUCGCGUGAUGAUGUGAGCACAUGAAAACUGCUCAAGCAAACAUGAAUUUCAGUCCGAGAACAGAAAGUGCGGACAUAUCAUCUAAAGCCAAGUUCUCACAUACGAAAGUGAUUUCGCACAGCGCGUUAAUUUUCAAAAAAAAUGAUUUGAGACUUGACAGUGCACUAGAAUUUCGUUUAUCUGACUACCUCGCAAGCUAAAGGCUUUUUGAGAAUAGAGCUGUCAGCUCAAGAAAAGAAUCAGUGAAUGUUGUACACCAACCAGAUUGAAGAUUUGCUUUUGGUGUUUAAUCGGCAUUUCCAAUAAAAAUAUUUAAUUGCUAGAUCAUGUUAUCAAGACGCGAAACGUGUGCAAUCAGGAAACAAAGACUUUUUCUAUUUUUUUUUCUGAAACGCAAACUUA